CGGUCGGAAAAUUGGGCGAGUUUAAUGUGGAAAGUGGAAAUUGGCAGUUAUAUUGUGAUCGGUUACAAAUGUACUUUCUGGUGAACAAUGUGGACGAUAAGUUACAGUUACCAACAUUAAUCUCAAUCGUGGGUGAAGCCGCAUACGAACUCAUGGUUAAUUUGUGCUCACCUAAAAAACCGGCAGAAAAAACUUAUAAGGAAGUGGUGGAACUAAUGUCUACGCAUUUACAACCUACCCCGUCAAUGUUAGCGGAGAGGUUUAAGUUUCGCCAAUAUAGACAAUGUGAAGGCCAAUCUAUUGCUCAAUUUGUGGAACAGUUAAAGAAAUUAUCGCGUUUUUGUGACUUUGGGACCGAACUCGACAGUAAUAUGCGGGACCAGUUUGUGUGCGGGCUGUGCAGUGACGGUAUUAGACAACGGCUGUUUGUGGAAAAAAAAUUGACUUUCUCAACGGCAACGGCGAUCGCGUUAUCGUUAGAGGCGGCGGAACGGGACGCUUUGGCAGUUGAAACUACCGGCGUUAACUUUAUAAAAAAACCGCCGGUGAGAAGAACAACGGGGUGUUGUGUGGCCUGUGGAGAUUUUCGACAUAAGGUGGAAAACUGUAAAUUUCGGGACUAUGUGUGCAGUCGGUGCAAAAAUGUAGGACAUUUGCGGCGAAUGUGCUCGUUGGCGGAGGUAAACGACGGUGACCGCAAAACGACCUUUAACGGCUCGUUUACGUCAUCGAGAGGCGGCGGCCGAGCGGGCGCUCGGAGCACCUACCGGGGCCGCGGUGCAGCACGGGGCGGCGGAAGACAAUUCUACAUGGGACAAGGCACGGAGAACAAGUCAUCGACGGCGGCGGCGGGUCGGUCGGACUCGCGGGACACCGGGAACCGGCAGGGUGACGUCACGGGCAUGUCGACCGAAUAUGUCCAGGACGAUGAAGCGGACCAGGAGAGUGGUGACUAUGAAGAACCCAUGUUCCAGAUGUCCUUAGCAAAGUAUAGACCGAUUUAAAGAAGUGUUUGAACCCGGACUCGGGUGUUUCACGGGAGGGCGAGCGAGCCUGCGGCUGCGGGCGGGGGCGGAGCCGGUGUUCUGCCGCGCGCGGCCGCUGCCGUACGCGCUGCGCGAGCGCGUCGACGCCGAGCUCGACGCCAUGCUGGCCAGCGGCGUCAUCGAGCCCGUGGAGCACUCCGACUGGGCCACUCCUCUGGUAAUCGUACACAAGCCGGAUGGUUCUUUACGUCUCUGUGCAGAUUUUAAAACUACUUUAAACAGGGUUUUGUUGGUAGAUAAAUAUCCAGUUCCGAAAAUAGAAGACUUAUUUACUCUUUUAAAUGGCAGUCAAUAUUUUACAAAAAUUGACUUAUCACAAGCGUACAAUCAAGUUUUGUUAGAUGACAGUAAAGAAAAUGAUUGUACAGGUCUAACGGUCAUUAAUACGCAUAAAGGUUUGUUCAAAUAUAAAAGAUUAGUGUACGGACUAGCGUCUAGCCCAGGUAUAUUCCAAAGAAUAAUGACUAAUCUGUUUAGAGAGCUACCAAACGUAACUGUGUUCUUAGAUGAUAUCCUGAUUUCAAAUACUACUAGAAUAGACCACGAAAAAAGCAUAGAAAAAGUCUUUAAAAUAUUAAAGGAAAAUGGGUUAAA